GCAACUGUUCAAACAGUUUGUUUCAGGGAUACGCCGAGGAACCUUUGUCCAUGGAGAGAAUACAGACUGAUUCAGCAAAACAAAGUAUUAUAUAUCUUACUCUUUUCUUUUUCACUUGCCAGAAUUCAUUUGACAAAGAAAUCAAAGACGCAUGGACUAAUUAAUCCAGAGAAUAAGAGACAUGUUUCUUUUAAUUAUACACAGUAUGUAACAACAACAACAACAACACACUUUCAAUGUGCUGCAUUUUGGAGCCCCAACAGAGUUUUUUCUCUGCUGCUGGAUUUGCAUAGAAUGAUGUCAAAGGGGCGUGUCAGUCAGGAUUACGAGCUGAGAAGAUUGAGUUAUCACUAUGGAGACAGCUUUUAAAGCUUUCUUUUUGCUGGUCCUGUGUGGAGGUAAUGCCUUGAAGUUUCUAAAAGCUCACUUUGUAAUGCCACGUCUUUUUUGUUUUGCUUGGGAUAUUAUUAUUUUUGCAUGAUUUCGUAAGUAUGAGGCACUUAUGAAGUGAACUUUAAAAUGGACUCUACUGGACACUGGAAAAAACAUACACUUUUAUUGUUUAAUUUUCUGGUGUUUAAUACUACUUCCUCACAUGAGCCUUCAUCUGGAGAUCCAGUGAAUGUGAGCGGCGAGAGGCAGCAAACGCUUGCCUCCUGGUAUUGCACAUCUGACGGCUUUCACUCCCAUAGCAGAUGGCAAACACAGAUGGCUCUCUCCAAAACUGUUUAUUCAUUUGAAGUGAAAGAAGACACAGUACCAGGGACAGUCGUGGGAAAGUUGGAAACCGUGUUGGAGAGUCUCACGCCUAUCACAUACUCAGUGCAGGAGGAUGACGGAGAGAAUCUGUUCCUCCUCAGCCCCUUCUCAGGGGAGUUCCUAUUAUCCCGCAGCCUGGAUUUCGAAGCGCAGAGAUUCUACAUUCUCACUGUGGUGGUGCAGCAGGGCGACUCACAGGGAUCCGGUGUCAGGGUGUACUUCAACGUGAUAGACGUGAACGACAACCCCCUGUUUUCAGUCACGAUACCUUUCCUGCGUCACUUCUAG